AUGGAGGCGGCUCUCGUGAGUGCCACGACGGGGGCCCUGAAACCCGUCAUCAGGAAGCUGGCCACCCUGUUGGGUGACGAGUACAAGCGUGUCAAGGGGGUGCGCAAGGAGAUCAAGUCCCUGACUCAUGAACUCUCCGCCAUGGAUGCUUUUCUCAUGAAGAUGUCAGCGGAGGAGGAUCCGGAUAUGCAAGAUAAAGUUUGGAUGAAUGAGGUACGGGAGCUGUCCUAUGACAUAGAUGAUUUCAUAGACGAAUUUCUGAAAUAUGUCAAUGAUGAAGACACUAAGCCGGAUAACUUCAUGGAGAAGAUCAAGUUCUUCCUGGGAAAGAUGAAGACCCGGCGCCAAAUUGGCAAAGAAAUUGAAGAUUUGAAGAAACAAAUUAUUGAGGUCGGCGAGAGGAAUGCAAGGUACAAGACUCAUGAUACCUUCUCCAAGACCCUCAGUACAUCUGUUGACCCUAGAGCUCUUGUUAUCUUUGAGAAUGCAUCAAAACUAGUUGGAAUGGAUGCACCAAAAAAUGAGAUAAUCAAACUGUUGAAAGAAGAAGAUGGACAUGUGCCAACAAAAUCACUAUUAAAGAUAGUCUCCAUCGUUGGAUCUGGAGGAAUGGGCAAGACAACUCUUGCAAACCAAGUGCUAAAAGAAAAAUUCGACUGUCGAGCUUUCAUAUCAGUGUCACGAAAUCCAGACAUGAUGAAUACCCUAAGAACUAUUCUUAGUAAAGUUAGGGAUCAACGUUAUGCUGAAACGGAAGAAGGAAGCGUGCAGCAGCUAAUUAUCAACAUCAAAGAGUACCUACUAGAUAAAAGGAACAUUACUAAUAUAAUUACUGAAAUGUAA